CAGCUGUCCAAGGAGGAGACAGAGACAGGAGGCAGUGAGGAAAUUCUGGCCACAUCUGUCUGAGCCUUGGCUAGACGGCAGGCAAGGAGAAGAGACGGGAGACAAGCCAGUUCUCUGGCCAAGUUUGCUCCUAUCCAGGGCCGCUCUGGAGACUCAGAACUUGGCAUCUCAGCCCCUUGCACCAGGAGGGACAGAUGCUGAGGGGCCCCAGCCACUGAAGACCAGAUUGAGUCUAUUCUCUCCAACUGAGCCUCAGAGACCUCAGCCCAAGCUGAAGGACCCAGAGUGCUGAGUGGGUGCCUCACCCACAGGCUGGAAUUGCCCUCCUGUCUCCUUCCCUUCAGCUCCUCCUGCCCCGUGGGGAUCCCAGCAUGGAAGAAGGAUCCGAUUUUGACACCUACUAUGCAGGAGAGAACCAGACGCUGGAGUGUGAGUACACGGACUGGAAGUCCUCGGGAUCUCUCAUCCCCGCCAUCUACAUCCUGGUCUUCCUCUUGGGCACCACGGGCAAUGGCUUGGUGCUGUGGACCAUCUUGCGGGGCAGCCGGGAGAAGCGCCGCUCAGCGGACACCUUCAUUGCCAGCUUGGCGGUAGCUGACCUGACUUUUGUGGUCACGCUGCCUCUGUGGGCCACCUAUGCCUACCUAGACUACAGCUGGCCCUUCGGUGCUUUCGCCUGCAAAGUCAGCAGCUACUUGAUCUUUGUCAACAUGUACGCCAGUGUUUUCUGCCUCACCGGCCUCAGCUUUGACCGCUACCUGGCUAUUGUCCGGCCUGUGGCCAAUGCCAGGCUGAGGCUGAGGGUCAGCGGUGUGGUGGCCACCGUGGGCCUGUGGAUCUUGGCCGCUCUUCUCGCCAUGCCCGCCAUGGUCUUCCGCUCAGUCGGAGAACUAGAGAACAACACCAAGCUGGUGUGUUACAUGGACUACUCCCUUGUGGCCGCUUCGGGGUCCGAGCUGGCCUGGGAGGUGGGGCUGGGUGUCUCUUCGACUGCGAUGGGCUUUGUGAUCCCCUUCACGGUCGUGCUAACCUGUUACUUCUUUAUUGCCCGCACCAUCGCGGGCCACUUCCGGAAGGAGCGCAUCGAGGGCCUGCGCAAACGCAGGCGGCUGCUCAGCAUCAUCGUGGUGCUCGUGGUUACCUUUGCUCUCUGCUGGCUGCCCUAUCACCUUGUGAAGACCCUCUACAUGCUGGGCAGCCUUCUGCACUGGUCCUGUGACUUUGAUCUCUUCCUCAUGAACGUCUAUCCCUACUGUACCUGCAUUAGCUAUGUCAACAGCUGUCUCAACCCCUUCCUCUACGCCUUCUUCGACCCCCGCUUUCGAGAGGCUUGCGCUGCCAUGAUGUGCUGUGGCCAGAGUGGGUGCUGGGGGGCUGCGCCGGGUGGGGGGGAGAAGUCGGCUAGCUACUCCUCAGGGCCUAGCCAGGGCCCUAGCCAGAACACGGGAAAGGGUGGGGAGCAGCCCCAGGAGAAAUCCAUCCCUUACAGUCAGGAGACCCUUGUGUCUGACCAAAUCCUAGGAUAAAAAGCAUGAGCUGUUCCCCACCCCUAAGCCCAGCUCCCUGAACCCUGGGGAGAGUGACUAACUCGCCCUUCCUGCUGACUUUCCUCUUGGCAAUCCUCCUCCCCCCAGUUCUUUUUCUUCUAUUUUCCCUUCCUUUCAUUUUUCUUCCUGGCCUCUGUCUUCCUCUUUUUCUCCCUUUCCUUACUCUUAUCCUCCUGCUUCCCAACCCUAGGUGUUACCACAGGUAAUAAGAGGCAGGCCAGAGGGUCGAACUUCGGUCUUGUGACUCCCAAACUAGGGCUUCUUACUUUUCUCUUCCUUUCUGCCCACCUCAGUUUCUACUCUCUGCUUUCUUAUCCUUUCAUAUUUUCCUUCCAAAGUCUUUCGAGGGAACUGGGAAUGGAGGAGCACAGAGGAAUUGUAAAGAAAGAUUCACUCCCCGCUCCCGGAGGUCACAGAAGCUUUGUCCUGUUGUCCUUUGGGGAGGGUUUGGAGGGAGAAGGGGCAGGGCCUGAGGAGAGAGAGAACCCGCCUUGCAGAGGAGGGGAGACAGAACAGGAUCUGAUGGCUCCUGGAUCUUGGAUGGUGAUCUCAAUGGCUAACUGGCUCAGCUCACUUGGGCAGGAGGCACCUGUGCCCAGCCUGCUGAUGUCCCCAAACCAACCACUCCAAGAGCCAGGGUUUGCCCCUCCUGGCCUGGGAAGGGAAGG